UGUAACUGUUGUCGAAUUCAAGCUGUCAAAAUCCUCACGCUUCUCGGAAAGUAAUUUUCUAAUUUUGUUAGAACUACAAUUAAAUUGGAUAAAAUGUUACAAUUUCGAGCAAUUUGUGGAAUCACGCGUUGCUCUUAUCGUAAGAUUUGCACUGCAAUCAGCCUAAAAAAUGCUGAGGCUACUGUCGUAACCAGUGACAAACUUACAAUUCCUGUCCCGGAUGGUGUUGAUAAGCCGGUCAACCCGAAAUUGGUAUCCAUUGUAGAUAGCAUUGCUACACUGAACUUAUUGGAAGUUUCAGAGCUUAGUGGUCUACUCAAGAAACGUUUGAAUCUUCCGGAUGCUGCACUAAUGCCAGCAGGAUUUGCUGGUGGGUUUAGUCCAGUAGCUGCUCCUGUUGAUGAAGAGGAAGCCGCUCCAAAGGUAGUCAAAACAUCGUUUAAGGUGAAACUCGUCAAAUUUGAUGAUAAGCAAAAGGUAGCUUUAAUAAAAGAAGUCAAAAAUCUUCUGGAUGGAAUGAACUUAGUCCAAGCGAAAAAAUUCGUGGAAAGUGCUCCGACGAUGGUCAAGGAAGACAUUUCGAAGGAUGAAGCAGAGAAACUAAAAGAAGCCUUUACCAAGGUGGGCGCUGUUAUAGAGAUAGAGUAAGAAAGUGUUUCCCGUAAUUCGUAGUGUACUAAAAUAAACGUUUAAAUAUUA